GUCGUAAAGGCGGAUUCCAAGGGUAGGGAGCGUUUUCGUAGCGCGAAUACCCACAAUUUCUGUCGAUACAGAGCUCCGCUUCAUCCACAAAGAUGGGCUGCCGGCGCCGUCUCUGUCUCAGUACUGAUCUGAGGCUGAGGCUGAUUCAUGAGAGACAUCGGCGUUGGUGUCUCAGCCUCAUUGUCACCUUCAUCCCGCUCACUGUCAUUCAAUACCUAACUACUAAUCCCAGGCAUCGAGGCUCUACCUCUUCUCUGUGUUGUCAGUAAUCCUUGUUGCCUGUUUUCUGGCCUCACCCCAUCUAACCAAACUCCAUCUAGUAUUACUGUACUGUUAUUGUACAAGUCGCUAGCGAGUUUUCUAUCUGUGUCACAAUCAGA